AUCACUUGACCCCAAACAAAAAAAAAAAAAAAAUUAGAGCAAUGGAAAAGAACCACAGGCCACACAUUGCGAUGCUCUUUAUACAGAUUAUAUACGCAGGAAUGGCUCUGUUCUCUAAGCUGGCAGUGUCCCAAGGCACCAACCCUUUUGUCUUCGUCUUCUACAGACAAGCCUUUGCCACUCUGGUCUUGGCCCCUUUCGCCUUCUUCCUUGAGAGCGGCAAGUCUUCCCCGUUGUCGUUCGUCUUGCUGGUCAAGAUCUUCCUGAUUUCUCUAUGUGGACUGACGAUGAGUCUGAAUCUCUACUACGUCGCCAUCAACUACACCACGGCCACUUUCGCCGCGGCCACGACCAACACAAUCCCGUCCAUCACCUUUGUCCUCGCUCUUCUCUUCAGGUUGGAGACACUGUCGCUGAAGAAGACGCAUGGACUGGCCAAAGCGCUGGGAUCGGCCGUAGGAGUGUCGGGCGCUUUUGUGUUCGCCUUUGUGAAAGGGCCGAGUCUGAUAAACCAAAGGAGUGGUGGUGGUGACGUGGCAUCAAACGACGUCGUUUCAAUGUCGACCGAAAAUUGGCUUAAAGGCUCCAUCACGAUGCUCUCCGCCAAUACUUCUUGGUGUUUGUGGCUCGUCUUGCAGACAAAGGUGAUGAAGGAAUAUCCGGCAAAGCUGAGACUGGUGGCACUGCAGUGCUUCUUCAGCUGCAUCCAAACCGCGAUUUGGGCUGUCUCAGUGGACAGAGAUCCCUCUGUCUGGAAACUCCAACUCGGCCUCCCUCUCCUCUCCAUCGCCUAUUGCGGGAUAGUGGUGACGGGGAUUACGUAUUGGUUACAAGUGUGGGCGAUAGAGAAGAGAGGGCCGGUCUUCACGUCCAUGUUCACCCCCUUGGCUCUCAUCAUUACUUCCAUCCUCUCCUCUUUCCUUUUCAAAGAGUCUCUCUACCUUGGGAGCGUGGGAGGGGCGAUACUGAUGGUGGGAGGACUGUACAGUGUCCUGUGGGGGAAAACCAGAGAAGAAACGGACAAAACUGGUGACAUCCAACGAGGAACUAAAGAGGAAAACAUCGUCUUGGACCGCAUUUCCACUCAACACUGACUCGUCGGCCUUGUUCCCAAAGCCACGUGUCCUCGUUGUUUUUUUUGUUUCAUCAGUACAUGUCGUGGUGGUUUCAAAUAUUUUUUUGAAACUCACCCUUUACAUUUGUUGUUGUUUUUUUUUUAAAUUUUACCAACUAUAUAUAUGCGCAUGCAACUAUAAGUUUUAUUUGA